CGUUAUCUAGCGGAAAAAGAGCAGGCACGUACCCCUUCCCCUCGGACUUCGCCACCUCUCCUCCAGGUGCAACGUACCUGUCCCUGACUGUUGAAGACAGCGAGGUUACCGGAGCCGCUAUCAACCACGAAGCUCGUGCUGUUGACCAGUUCAUGGCUUCUAUCUUGUCCGAGCAUAGACUCGGUCAUGGCAGAUAAGCUGCACUCUUCUUCUUCGUCUUCAUCUCACCUCACCGAUCUGUUGGAGUCAACUGUCACAGACAUCCCUAGCUAAACACAUGAUAGUUGUAGUAAAUGGUGUGUAUGAGAGAGAGAGAGAGGAUAGGAAGCUUCCCUCCGGCAAUCUGACUUUGUAGAGCGCCUCAGAGUAAAUGCACUUGGACUCUCCGUGCAGCCAAGUUGGGUCAGCGGGUCACGACGGCAGCUAUCUUGUGCAUAAAUAUGUGUCCAAUGGUUGGAGAAGAAACACCAUGUGACCCUUGUCUAUGCCUCCCAAUUCUGGAAGACGAGGAGCCAAGGAGGAGAAGGCAUAGAAAGAGAUGAGUACACCAACAUGCAGCGAAGAGGUUGGCGUGAAGAAAGGCCCUUGGACACCGGAGGAGGACAUAAGCCUGGUCUCCUACAUCCAAGAGCAUGGUCCUGGAAACUGGAGGGCUGUUCCUGCCAAUACUGGGUUAAUGCGAUGUAGCAAGAGCUGCAGGCUCCGCUGGACAAACUACCUUAGGCCAGGGAUCAAGCGCGGCAACUUCACCGAUCAGGAAAACAGAAUCAUAAUCCACCUCCAAGCUCUUCUAGGCAAUAGAUGGGCAGCCAUUGCCUCUUAUCUCCCUCAAAGAACAGACAACGAUAUCAAGAAUCACUGGAACACCCACCUGAAGAAGAAGCUCAGGAAGGUCGAAGCCGACGGGAACGGCCCGAAGCCAUCCAUCUCCCGGGGGAAGUGGGAGAGGAGUCUGCAGACUGACAUCCACAAGGCAAGGCGAGCUCUGUGCGAGGCCCUGUUGAUCGAGAAGCCAGCGGAUUGCGCGUCGGAUGACUCGAGCAGGACGGCGUACGCGUCGAGCGCCGAGAACAUCUCCCGGCUUCUCGAAGGCCGGACCGGGAAUCCAGCCGGGGCUACCGGCGCAGCCGACGGGGCGUCGACGACGACACAGGCCGAUUCGGCCUCAUCGAGCCAAGGAACGGCCAGCACAUCGAACUCCGUCGUGUCACGGCAGCCAUCAUCUUAUCAAACGCCAUUUUCGCUGUUGGAGUCGUGGUUGUUUGAUGAGACUGUUGCGCAAGGGUCAGAGAACCAUGGCAACGGACGAUGCUGGUGGUGAUCUGUUGUAGGUGCUCAUGCAGCCCAAAAACUGUAUAUGAGGUAGCUCGAUUGUAAAGUAUACUGUCUCCAAUGGUAUGGGAGAAGAAGGUAUUGUAUUCUAUGGCAGAAGACUGUUUCCUGUGAUCAAUCAUCUUAAAUGGAGAGAUCAUCUUGGUUCU